AUGCCGUUUGGACUGUGCAAUGCACCGGCCACGUUCCAGCGGUGCAUGAUGUCUAUUUUCACUGACCUUAUUGAGGACAUAAUGGAAGUUUUCAUGGACGACUUUUCCGUCUAUGGAAGCUCCUUUGCUGUGUGUUUGUCUAAUCUGUGCAGGGUAUUGCAGCGGUGUGAGGAGAGACAUCUUGUGCUGAACUGGGAGAAAUGCCACUUCAUGAUGAGAGAUGGGAUCGUGCUGGGACAUAGGAUUUCAGAGAAGGGAAUCGAGGUUGACAAAGCAAAGAUCGAGGUGAUUGUCCAUACUGAUCACGCUGCCUUGAAGUACUUGCUGACGAAGAAGGAUGCGAAGCCGAGACUCUUGAGAUGGAUUCUUUUGCUUCAGGAGUUCGAUCUGGAGAUAAGGAUAAGAAAGGGAUUGACAAUGGUGUAG